AUGCAGAUCUUUGUAAAAACUCUAACUGGAAAGACAAUCACCCUUGAGGUGGAAUCUUCCGAUACAAUUGAUAAUGUAAAGACUAAGAUUCAAGAUAAAGAAGGGAUUCCUCCGGAUCAGCAAAGAUUAAUUUUUGCCGGAAAACAAGAGUCAACCUUGCAUUUGGUGCUUCGUUUACGUGGUGGUGGCAAAAAACGCAAGAAGAAGACAUACACCACUCCGAAAAAGAUUAAGCAUAAGAGAAAGAAGGUUAAAUUGUCUGUAUUGAAAUAUUAUAAGGUCGACGAGAACGGUAAAAUGACUCGACUUCGAAAAGAAUGCCCAAAUACCUCAUGUGGAGCUGGAAUCUUUAUGGCACAACAUUAUGAUCGUCAAUAUUGUGGAAAGUGCGGCCUUACCUAUGUAUUUAAAACAUCCGAACAAGAAUCUUGA